AUGAAAUUCGAGUCAUUCCUAGAAGUUUUUACGGAUGUUUUCUUCUGCCACAAUUUGGCCCCUGAACACAGGUAUCCACAGCAGCAGCUACUGGGCCCGCACGAAGAAGCUUCGCCUGUGGAUGCUGCUGCCUCUGAGAGCCAAACAGCAGCAGCGUCACAUGCAGCAGGAGAUCCAAGUGCAGAGGCUGCGAAGGCAGAUAUGCCAGCAAUGACACCGCAGCAGAGCCCGCGGCAAUGCAACACUGACAAGAACAGCAGCAGUAACAGCAACGGCAGAGAAUUCCGCGACACCAUAAGGAGGCCCUCAACGGGGGGUUCGUGCCAGACGUGGGGCAUUCAGUUGCUAGGAGCUGCUUGUGCAACACCUGCGGCGGGAGGAAGCAGCGGCAUUGGCCCCUUCGGUUCUUCACGAGCUGCUGCCGCUACUAUUUCCGGUACCCUCGUGGCUGCGGCUGCUGCUUCUGGGAGCAUCGCCCAAGUUACAUCACGGCCUCCAGCGGCCGCAGAGUCGUUUAGCGCAGCAGCAGGCACAGCAGCAGCAAGAACAACUGUAGGAACUCCACGUGGCAGCAUGGCCACGCUGCGAGGCCUUAUGUACACUGCAGUGAGCCGGCCCUCGGCCUUCGUCCGCUACGAGCCCGGAGGUGACGGGUUUGACACAGCGUGGGUAAACGCUCCAAUGUUUUUGAUUUCCGUUGCCCCCCCGGACGCUGCUGCUGCAGCGGGUGCUGCUGCUGGCGGUAAUUACGAUGAUGACAAGCGGCAGCAGCAGCAGCAAGAGACCGGUUCAAGACAAGAGCCGCCACGGCCUCAGCAGCCGCAGGAGCAGCAGCCUCAGCUAGACAUGCUCAUUUCCAUAACGCAGAACAGCAACCUCGAUGUGGCCCCUAUCAGCAUGGCGGUCUUCAAAGCUCGGGACCACCGCCGCAUAUGGUCUUAUUCGGACUCAAAGUUGUUGGGCAUAUCUCAAGCAGUACUAGAGGGCGAGCGGCCGGCGUGUGAGCAGCCCUGGAAAGGCGGUGGUUGCUGCUUAGCUAGCUGCUUGCCUGGAGUGCUAGUUGGGGCCCCCGAGGCAAAGGGCCCCUGGAGAAACAGCUGCCUCCGGCUCGGGUUCUUCAACAAGGGGGGGCCCCGGAAGACCCCCAUCAAGAACACGCGCCGCCUGCUAGUCGUCUGCUACCAAAAUGUGGCAUCCGACAGCCCAAACCUCCGACCGAACGACUUCAUCUUCCGCACAUUUAGCUCAAAACCUGUACGCCAGGAGCCAGCCCUCCACCCCUUGACUACAAUAGCUACGUGCGCGUCGAGCGGCUCCCUCCGCCGCAGCAUUACGAGUUUUCGGGUGUCUGGACACGCGGCACUGCUGGUGGGUUGUGAUCAUCUAAUAGCUGCAAGUCACUCUGCUGAAUCUCGAGAGGCAGCAGAGAGUCAGCCCUUGAGAGGCUCGAAGCCUCUUGAGCCUCCUGUCUACGGCUUGGUGGCCGUGGGGCUUGUAGCUGCGCUGCUGAGAGACGGCAAGGAUGCAAACGAUGUGGAGAAGAUCCUUUCCUCUUCCGCCCGCCAACCGACCGAAUCCAACUGGCUCGGCACGAAGCCGCCAGAACCGCCGCCAAAACUUCUCCGCAAACUGACAGUGGAGCCCGACGAGUGGUUUGUUGAAGUUUUUGGAGAAGACAAGUGCUCUGUGAAGCUGACAGUCUUACGGGGAGCCGGGCCACUCAUUAUUUCCCCAUGUCUAGAGACCGCCGACUCUAUGGGAGCGUUCGUGCUGCACAUUUUCAGCGAUUUGCCGCUCGAGAAGGCUGAGGCACUGGAAGCAAACAACCACUUGACACUCGUGGGCCGCUGGGACCCCGAGACAGCGGGAGGCAGCCACAAUUUUCCUGCGAAGCUGGAAAGUCCUCACAGAGAGCCAACUCCUCGAAGCGAAAGCGGGGCCGCGCAAUCAUACCAGCUUGUCACUAAGAGAAGUCUGAAAGGGUGGGCAGCAAAUCCUUUGUAUCUCGUUGAAGUUAAAAAGACAGUCCAAGUGGAACUGACCUUGGCCAGGCACGAAGACUGUUGGACAAAACAGAAAGAGCAGGACGUGGCGGGCUGCAUGAUGUGCCUUUACAUUUUCCGGGGGCGAAACGUUUGUGCGGAAGACUUGGUGCAACAGUCAGACUUCGUGGUCAGUGGCCUUUGA